UCCUCCUUGAAGAGACAUUUUCACACACACCGUCUACUGCUGAUGUUCAGCUGCUGCUUAUCAUCUCGGUAGUUUAGAAUAACAGAGACGAAAAGUUGAGACGAUCGCAGAAGGAAACAUCUAAAAGUCAGUGUGAUGGCAAGGUGGACAAUACUUUUGUUUUCCUUAUGCAUAGUUCUGAAUGGACAAGAGAUCGAGCUUUCUACUGUAGAGAGGUGCUGUCAGGAUGGAAGGGAUCUGGCCCUUGCAGGACAACACUGUACAGCCACCCCGCCCAUCUCAUCUUCCAACACCUGCAACAUCACCAAGGAGCAGUGCUGCUCAGCAGCAGCAAGAGACGGACUCUGUGACAAAGGCAUCAAGAUGGCCAAGUGGCAAGGGGCCUGUGAGACUCCGUUCUUCCAAGGAAAACCCUGGGAAAUCCAAAUCUCUAAGACGUGCUGUGACUGCUGUAUGCUCGGCCUGAUGACAGCGAGCCAAGGUUCCAACUGCGAUUUCCAGGGUUUGUUGCUGCUGGAAACGUGUUUGCAAACAGCCAAAGCCUGCUGUGAAAGAAGUUCAACAGCACAAUUUGAACCAACUGAAAAUGAGAUUGAGCAUCUUUAUGUACAGAGGUGCUGUCAACGUGGAAGGGAUCGGGCCCUUUUAGGACAAGACUGUACAAUGCUAUCCUUCGUCUCACCAUCCUACACUUGCAGUAUCACCAAGGGGCAGUGCUGUUCAGCAGCUGUUGGAGAAUGGUUCUGCAACAAUGGCAUUGCACUAGCCAAGGGGAAAGGGACCUGUCAGAGACUCUUGUUUCAGGGAGAGCACUGGGAGACCGAAAUGUCUAAGAUGUGCUGUGACUGCUGUUUGCUCGGCCUGAUGACAGCAAGCCAGAAUUCCAGCUGUGAUUUCCAGGGUUUGUUACCUGGGAGACAGUGUUUGGACACAGCUAAAGCCUGCUGUGGAAAAAACACAACAGUAAUCAAACUGACUACAAAUGCACUAGUGACAGAAAGCCCUCAGGUCAGCAGUACCACCGAGUCUCAGGAGGGGUUAGACCCCUGUAGAGACUUAAACUGCUCCCAGUUGUGUAAAGGGAACGGUGCCUGUGCGUGCCUUGCUGGUUAUGAACUGCAAAGCGAUGGAGUGAAUUGUGAAGAUUUGAAUGAGUGUGUGGCUGAUACCAGUACAUGUCUGCCUGGACAGACUUGUGUCAACAUGGUGGGUUCCUACAUUUGUCUGAAGAAGACAUUAUCCUGUGGACAAGGCUACCAUCUAAAUCCGGAUGGCACGUCUUGUGAAGAUGUGGAUGAGUGUCGUACAGGGAAUGUAUGCGGCAACCAUGGCUGUGUUAACUUGGUGGGCACGUACCGCUGUGAAUGCAGAAUUGGCUUCAUGUUUAACAGUUUAACCAGACAGUGCGAAGACAUUGAUGAGUGUGCUUGGCCUGCUGGAGGUCAUCAGUGUUCCUACAAUUGCUCCAACGUCCCAGGAAAUUUCUACUGUACCUGUCCAUCCACAGGCUACACGCUGGCACAGAAUGGGCGCACAUGCCAAGACAUUGAUGAAUGUGCAGCAGGGACACACACCUGUUCUCUCCCUGGAAGCUGCUUCAACAUCCUGGGAGGAUUUCGAUGUCUGUCCAUGGCAUGUCCUCAAUACUUCCAGCUAGCAGGGCAGGGAAAAGAUACUUCAGCCAGUUGGAAUUGUUUUAAGGUCUGUCACCCUCUGGAUCUUGGCUGCUAUCACUAUUCCAUUGACUUAAUCCGCUACAUCUCCCUCUCCGUGCCAACCCUCCAAGUGAUCAGUGAACCAAAAGAAAUAGCUUUCUUGCAAUUAGCUUCAGUGGCUAACUACGCUCAUCUACCUGGUGGCACAGAUGUUUUCUUUAACAUCCUGGUUGCAGACGACCAAUCCUCUUUUGAUGUGAUAAAGCGUUCCUACGGGGGCAUGUUUGUUGGUGUGGUUCGUCAGUUGAAACCUCUCCGUGGUCCCAAAGAUUUUGUGUUCCAGGUGGCUGUGAAUUAUGUCCAGUUAGGGGUUGUUUCUCAUCGCAACAUUGUCAUCAUCCAUUUCUUCAUCUCUGAGUUCUGGUUCUGACCUAAGGAAUUGAGAGUUACUACAUUAGUUAUAUACCAAAUUAUUUUCAGUCUGUUUAAUGCUUGUAGAUGGUGGACGGACCAACCAACAUUGCAGGAAUUUAACAUUAUUGACCGUGGGCUUUGAUCUCCUGAUUCAAUGUACCAGUUUAACUUGAAUUUAGACUUCUUUUUUUAGAUUUUUCCCUUAUGACCACUGACGGACCUGCGUAACCGUUGAAUUUUGGAUCAAUUUCAUCUACAAUGAGAGACCAGAUUUGACAUGCUUCAGUUGAUAAUAAAAGGCUUCAUCAAUGGCCUAUACUGAAUUUUUGUCAGAAAUAUUUGAAUGUUAUUUUGUGGGUAUGUCUAAGAAUAUGUUCACACUAAUAUAUGUAAUGUGCUCUGCCCAAAUGCCAAAA